CGCGAAAGGGACCGCUGCUCUGCCUGACUGCCUCCCCCUCCUCCUCCUCGUGGCCAGGCCAACACCCAGAGGCCAGAGACCGCGGGAAGGAAGGCCACUCGUCUGUUCGGCGUCGAAUUGGUCCAAGGAUUUUUGGUGAUUCGCUUAGGGUACCGUUGGGAUCUUCCAUGAAGCAAAUGAAGUUAUCCUAGCGCACAGACCAAACUUCAGUAGCUUAUACCAAGAAUCAACAUUUCUGAUCAUCUGUAUUUGCACUAACAUGAUGGCCAAUGGUAACUUCUGGUUGAAAAGAUGUUGGCUCAUUAUUGCGCUGCAUAUGGUUGGCAAUAAUGACAAUGCUCGUGCCCUUUUGUGAUUAGAACUAAGUUGGAAGUUAAUAGAUCCAAGUUAUUGAUGGAGCAUGCUUCCUGUGAUGAUGUACAUGAGCAUGUUAUAAAUGUAGCACAUGGGGACACUGCAUCAACAUCAACCAGUCAUCAAGAUAUGUACUGUGACUCAGAUGAACCACAUCAGGAAGAUAGGCCUUCAACAAGCACACGAACCCCGUCAUCACAAUCUUCUGCAUCAACAUCACCAACUGCAUAUAGCUCAAGAAAUUUACCUUUUCCUAGAAGAGAUAGUAUAUACGGUCAUGGAAGAAGUCCUUGGAAUUCUGGUUUAUGGAUCUCGUUUGAAAUUUUCCUAUACAUAGCGCAGGUUAUAGCUGCUAUUGUCAUCCUCAUCUAUUCAAGACAUGAACAUCCCCAUGCUCCUUUGUUUGCAUGGAUAAUUGGAUAUACAGUUGGCUGCAUUGCAAGUCUCCCUCUUGUUUAUUGGCGCUAUGUUCAUCGAAACAGACCUUUGGACCAAGAACCUCAGCAGCCACCUACAACAUAUCCUGCUUUGACUCCCGCUCAAUCAUCAGAAGGACGCAAUCAUCGUGCCAGUGGUACUGUCUUGCAUCUUGGAUGUAUCAUGAUUACUUGCCCAAGGCUUAGCAUACUGGCUUAUCAUUUCAAGACAGCUGUAGACUGUUUCUUUGCUGUAUGGUUUGUUGUUGGCAAUGUGUGGAUUUUUGGUGGGCGCAGUAUUUCAUCAGAUGCUCAGGACGCUCCCAAUAUGUACAGGCUAUGUUUGUCAUUCCUUGCACUCAGUUGUGUUGGGUAUGCCAUUCCUUUUAUCAUGUGUGCAGCAAUAUGCUGCUGCUUUCCGUGCUUGAUUUCUGUUUUGCGCCUUCAAGAAGAUUUGGGUCAAACUAGAGGAGCUACUCAAGAGCUAAUAGAUGCACUGCCAACCUACAAAUUCAAACCAAAACGAAACAAAAACUGGGGCAUUGACCAUGCUUCAAGCUCAGAGAAUCUUGAUGAGGGUGGCAUCCUGGGCCCAGGAACUAAGAAGGAAAGAGUUGUUUCAGCUGAAGAUGCUGUGUGCUGCAUCUGUCUUACUAAGUACGGAGAUGAUGAUGAGCUCCGUGAACUUCCUUGCGCACACUUCUUCCAUGUGCAAUGCGUCGAUAAAUGGCUAAAGAUAAAUGCGGUAUGCCCACUCUGCAAGACAGAGAUUGGGGGUGUGGUUCGAUCUAUCUUCGGCUUGCCCUUUGGCCGCCGCCGUGUUGAUAGGAUGGCAGGAAGAGGUGUAGCUAGCUCAAGAUUUAAUGUAUAGAACACGUCAUUUUCCUGCGGUAUCCUCUCUUACGCAUAAAGAACCCUGCACAUGGGGUUGCAAUGGGCUGAUUGUCAAGGAAAGCGGUAAACUGGUUUUGUCGUGCUUGACUUCAAGACAAUGACAGCAGGUGGAGACCUGGUGCCUGUAAAGGCAAGUUUCUGUAGCACUGUGGGUGGCUGCUAUAUUCUGAUGUAACACUUUUCACCAAGGAUGUAAAUAAAGAACAUUAAAUUCA